GACUGUUUGGGUAGCAACUAGCAAUAAUAAUUAAUAACCUGCCCAACAAUGUGCCAACGUUCUUGUCGGGACAAAGACAAAGACAAGAGGAAGAGGAAGAGGAAGCGAAACACAGGUAGCUAACCAUGGCAGAGUACGAAAGCCAGCACCAUCACCAACAGCAACAAACGGUGUCGAAGGAAACAGCGUUCCAGGCCCUCAACACCAUCAUUCAGCUCCAUUUCGAGAAGACCCUGGAGAAGAAGCGCGCCAUCGACCUCCAGAAGAAGGAGCUGCACAAGCUCUUCCAGAUAUUCUUCAUCUUCCUGGGCCUCGUCUUCCUGGCCCAGGCCCACUCCUCCCGCCUCCAAUGCCGCCACUGCUGGAUCCCCAUCACCCUCCUCUCCAUGGCCCACCUCAUCUUCUACGUCUCCGUCGCCCAAACCCUAAGGUGCAUCAACGCCUUCAAGUACCAGCGCCGCUGCCACAAGCUCACCCUCGGCCUCGCCACCGAGAAGCUCCGGGAGAUCAAGAUCAGGCUCUCCGCCGCCGACUACGACGCCCUCGCCGACGAAGACUUCGAGAUUCACUACCAGGAACCCCCUGAGUCCUAUUUCGGAAAGUUUAAGAGGAAUUGGGCCCUUCAUUUCGGCUUCUUGAUCUUCAUCUACGGCUUCAUGAUUUCUUCCUCUGUCGUUCUUCUUUGUUUUUAAUUUUCUAUUUUCUAUUUUCUAUUUUCUUAUUCAUUUCCACUUUCGUCAAAUCGAUUCCCAUUUCUCGUCAUUGUGAUUCUUUUGCUUUUAUUUGCCAACUAACACUCAAAAGUA